UAUAAGGUGCUCUGCAACAGUUUAAUAAAACGUGUCGAGAAAUGUGUUCGAAGACUUUAGAAUGACUGCAUUCAAUUCAUCUUUGAUUGACGCAUUACUUUAAUUAACAUAAUGUUGUAAAACAAUAUAGAAUACACAUAAAUUGAGCAGUGAUGGAUGACGAAGAUCUCCAGAAAAUCAAGGUUUUGCCAACUGAUCAGGAAAAAGAAUUCGGGUCUGUCUGGCGAAAAUGGAUCACACGUAAAAUUUCAGAGGAGAAAAGUGUCUCAAGAAAACCAAAGUGGCGAACCUUAUUAGAUUCCCACCUGAGAAGAAAGCUCAGGAAACCCGAAACUGAAAAUUCUCUGGAUUCAAUUGAAAAACAAGUUGACCCUGUUGAAAAUGGAUCUGAAUUAAUUAAAAAAUCAAAUAUGUCUGAAAAUAUUGUGAAUGAUGGCGAUGAGGCAAUGGAUCAUCAUGAUUACAUUCACGAAAAACUUAAAGGAAAUUUACCCAAUCCAGUAAAAGUGAUCCCUAAGUUUAAUAGAACGUUCUCUUUACCGGAAGCUGGUAUGAAUUUGUCUAGUCCCCUUGUUGAAAAUGUGUAUAUUCCAACGAAGGAUUAUUGUCCAUACCUUGACAAACCUCCGAGGAAAAAACGAAUUAACAGCGAUCCAAUCGAUGACGGUGCCAAAAGUGUUCCCAUUGUGACCGACGAUAUACAGGAUAAUCCAAUAGUGAUUCCUGAAAAGGAUUACUGUCCCUAUCUAGACAAGGCACCCCGUCCUCAAGUGAAGCAAAAUGAUUUCGAGGUUCGAAAAUGGAUACUGAAAAAUGAAGCCGGGGAAGACGAAGAACUUCAGGUGUUCUUUCAGGAUAACACAUCCUUAAAGGAUAGGAGGAUUUCUGUCGGAAAAAACCUGGCACCAAGAUCCAAUUCUCUUCCCGAAAUUUCUUUUACACGCGAUAAGCCACCAAAAUGGAUGGAACUCGUAGAUAUGAAGUUAGGAUUCGGAGAUUUUCCGGAGGAUAUUGAUAGCAUUGUGGAAUCUACUCCGGAAACAGAAAUAACUGAAAUAAAGAAUAAACCCAAUGAUGCUGUCGAUCAAGAAGUCUUCAAGCCUGCCUUGAGGUAUACCCCGUCCCAGCCAUGGUGGCUUCCCGGAAUGUUAGGUUCCCUCCGGGACACUCCGGAUUUCGGAAAAUACUCCCGCUUCUCCUCAUUUUCUACCUUUGCCCGAUCCACGACGGCGUCAGAGCUCACCAAGGAGCCGUCCGAGGAGAACCUCCGGCGGAGGAAUACAGUGGUCGUCAUUCUGAUGAUCAUUGCGGUACUAGCCGCCAUAGCUGUGAUUCUUGGCAUUACUCUCUACUUUCUAUACCAUAAAGCAAUAAUCCGAGCCCACAUUGAUUUAACCAUUUAUAAUCGUAAUUUCACCGACGCAAUGGACAACCAUACAUCAUCUGAUUUUAGAAACAUAGCUGAACCUUUAUGUGACGAAAUGGACAAGUAUUUCUUUACCAGUAAAUUCAAAUAUUUCUACCUCCAGUGCAAAGUUCAUGAUCUCAAAGAUAAUGGCGGGAAAGUAGGCGUGUACUUUACCGUAGACUUCCUGGACAAUAUUUACACACAGAACGUUAAGGAUAUACAGGAUGUUAUUCUAAAGAAGUCUGGGCGACUUGUUAAGGACAAUGCCUUAUUUCUUGUCAUCCGGGACUUCUUGGUUUACAUAAAGAGUUUUGGCAUACGAUUGGAAAAGAUACCAACAGAUGGGCCAAUCAACCUACCCCGUAUUCCAUUCUACGAUGACAAAUGUUCGGAAGAACCCUGUCUGAAUAACGCCACAUGUAUAAGUCAUGGCGUCACUCUCUAUAGCUGUGUCUGUGACAGAGGCUGGAAAGGAACACGCUGUGAAACAGAUAUAAACGAGUGUGAAAAUUCUCCUUGUCAUAAUAAUGGGACCUGUGUAAAUACUGAUGGAUCAUAUUUCUGUGUUUGUCCACCAGGGUGGACUGGGCGCACCUGUUAUAAUGAUGUCCAAGAGUGUUCUACUUUAGAACCUUGUCAGAAUAACGGUACCUGUAUCAAUAAUAACGGUUCUUACGUUUGUCAAUGUGUGGAAGGCUGGCAGGGACAACAUUGCCAAGAUGAUCAAAAUGAAUGUCUUAUGUCUCCUUGUCAACACAAUGGUAGUUGUACUAACACCCCAGGUUCUUACACGUGUGAUUGUACCGAAGGAUGGCAGGAUAAGCAUUGCCAAAAAGACGUGAAUGAAUGUAAGAGUUCUCCUUGUCUUAACAAUGGCACAUGUAUAAACAAUGAAGGAUCCUACAAAUGUAACUGUACGGAGGGCUGGAGAGGCAAAAACUGUGAAGCUGACAUCAAUGAAUGUACGGAAACCCAGCCGUGUCAGAAUAACGGCACUUGUUACAACAACGACGGUUCUUAUACCUGUAGUUGUGUACAGGGCUGGCGGGGGCAGAAUUGUCAAGAUGAUCAGGAUGAAUGCGAUCUAUACCCUUGUCAAAAUAAUGGAACCUGCGUAAAUAGCAUUGGAUCUUUUGACUGUAACUGUACGGAGGGCUGGCAGGGGCACACUUGUAGUAAAGAUAUUGACGAAUGUGUAAUUUCCACUCCCUGUCAAAACACCGGAACUUGUAUAAAUAAUAAUGGCUCCUAUGUUUGUGGCUGCACGGAGGGGUUUAUUGGAAGACACUGUAUGGAAGAUAAAAACGAAUGUGAGAAACUUGGAUUGUGUGAGAACGGGGGCACCUGCCACAAUAAUAAUGGUUCUUACGUCUGUAUGUGUACAGAGGGCUGGCAAGGACAACACUGUGAAAAAGAUAAAGACGAAUGCAAACAAUUUCCUUGCCAAAACAAUGGAUCAUGCAUCAACACUGUUGGCUCCUAUAUGUGUAAUUGUACUCCAGGAUGGUCCAGUCAAGACUGCAAGAUUGAUGUGGACGAAUGCAGAGACACGAGUUUAUGUCAGAACAAUGGUACCUGUCAUAACAACAAUGGCUCCUAUUCGUGUGAAUGUAUGGAAGGCUGGCAGGGUCAGCACUGUCAGGAAGAUACAAAUGAAUGUGACGUCAUAGGACUGUGUGAAAAUAACGGAACGUGUGUGAACAGUAACGGUUCUUAUUCGUGUUCCUGUUCUCCAGGAUGGCAAGACAAACACUGUCAACAAGAUGUAAACGAGUGUAAAUUAUUUCCCUGCCAAAACAAUGGAACUUGUAUCAAUACUGAGGGAUCCUACACGUGUAACUGUACAAAAGGGUGGAAUAACAAAGACUGUUUAGAAGAUGUAAAUGAGUGUAUGCAGUUUAGUCCAUGUCAAAAUAAUGGUACCUGUGAAAACAAUAACGGUUCCUACACAUGUGACUGUACGGAGGGCUGGCAGGGACAUGACUGUGAACAAGAUAUUGAUGAAUGUAAAAUGUAUGGUCCAUGUCAGAAUAACGGUACUUGUAAAAAUAACGCCGGUUCUUACAGUUGUGAUUGUACGGAGGGUUGGCAGGGACAUGACUGUGAGGAAGAUAUCAACGAAUGCGACGUCAUGAAUCCGUGUCUCAACAAUGGUACAUGCAAUAAUAAUAAUGGUUCUUACAAAUGUGUCUGUAUGGAGGGCUGGCAGGGACAUGACUGUCAAGAUGAUGUGGAUGAGUGUAAAUUUAUCAAACCAUGUCAUAACAAUGCAACAUGUAUUAAUAACAAUGGAUCCUACGUAUGUAAUUGUACGGAGGGCUGGCAGGGACAACAUUGUGAACAAGAUAUUGAUGAAUGUAAUUUCUUUCCUUGUGAGAACAAUGGGUCUUGUAUCAACAAUAAGGGAUCUUAUAUAUGUGACUGUACGGAAGGAUGGACGGACAAAGAUUGUAUAAGUGAUAUAAACGAAUGUGAAAAGUUUCAUCCAUGCCAAAACAACGGUACCUGUAUUAACAAUAAUGGAUCCUAUUUUUGUAACUGUAUGGAGGGCUGGCAGGGACAUGACUGUGACACUGAUGUGAAUGAAUGUGAACAAUUUAGACCAUGUCAAAACAAUGCUACAUGUUUAAACAAUAACGGUUCAUAUGCCUGCGAAUGUACAGAAGGCUGGCAGGGACAUGAUUGCGAAAAAGACAUUGAUGAAUGCGACGUGUUUUAUCCAUGUGAUAACAACGCAACAUGUAUUAACAACAAUGGAUCCUACGUUUGUAAUUGUACGGAGGGCUGGCAGGGACAGCAUUGCGAUCAAGAUAUUGAUGAAUGUGAAUAUUCUCCAUGCAUGAACAAUGGGACUUGUAUAAACAAUAAUGGAUCCUAUACAUGUAGCUGUAGAACUGGGUGGACGCAUAAAGACUGCAUGGAAGAUAUAAAUGAAUGUGACCAGUUUAGUCCAUGCCAAAAUAAUGGCACAUGUUUUAAUAAUAAUGGUUCCUACACAUGUGACUGUAUGGAGGGCUGGCAGGGACAUGACUGCAAGGACGAUAUUGAUGAAUGUAGAAUUUUUAUGCCAUGCUACAAUAAUGCAACAUGUUUAAAUAACAAUGGAUCUUACGUUUGCAAUUGCGUGGAGGGCUGGCAGGGACAUGACUGCGAAAAGGAUGUUGACGAAUGUAAAAUUUUCAUGCCAUGUGAGAACAACUCUACAUGUGUAAAUAACAACGGAUCAUAUGUGUGUAAUUGUACGGAGGGUUGGCAGGGACAGCAUUGUGACCAAGAUGUGGAUGAGUGUAAUUUCUUCAGCCCAUGUCAAAACAAUGCUACGUGUAUUAACAACAAUGGAUCCUACGUGUGUAAUUGUACGGAGGGUUGGCAGGGACAACAUUGUGAACAAGAUAUUAAUGAAUGCAAAUUUUCGCCCUGUGAAAACAACGGCACAUGUAUAAACAAUGAUGGAUCUUAUACAUGUAACUGUACGGAGGGAUGGACAGAAAAAAAUUGUGGAGAAGACGUAAAUGAAUGUGAGCAGUUCAAACCAUGUCAAAACAAUGGAACUUGUUAUAACAAUAACGGCUCCUACACAUGUGACUGCAUGGAAGGCUGGCAGGGACACGAUUGCGAGAAAGAUAUUGACGAAUGUACGAUGUUCUUUCCAUGUGACAAUAAUGCUACAUGUGUGAAUAACAAUGGAUCUUACGUGUGCAACUGUACGGAGGGUUGGCAGGGACAUGACUGUGAAAAAGACGUUGAUGAAUGUGACCAAUUCAAACCAUGUCAGAACAAUGGAACUUGCAUUAACAAUAAUGGUUCAUACACAUGUGACUGUAUGGAAGGCUGGCAGGGACACGAUUGCGAAAAAGAUAUUGACGAAUGUACAAUGUUCUUUCCAUGUAACAAUAAUGCUACAUGUGUGAAUAACAAUGGAUCUUACGUGUGCAACUGUACGGAGGGUUGGCAGGGACAUGUCUGUGAAAAAGACGUUGAUGAAUGUGACCAAUUCAAACCAUGUCAGAACAAUGGAACAUGUAUUAACAAUAAUGGCUCCUACACAUGUGACUGUAUGGAAGGAUGGCAGGGACAUGACUGUGAAAAAGAUAUUGACGAAUGUACAAUGUAUUUUCCAUGUAGCAAUAAUGCUACAUGUAUAAAUAACAAUGGAUCUUACGUGUGCAACUGUACGAAAGGCUGGCAGGGACAUGAUUGUGAAAAGGAUGUUGAUGAGUGUAAAAUGUUCAUGCCUUGUGACAACAAUGCCACAUGUGUAAAUAACAACGGUUCCUAUAUCUGUAACUGUACGGAGGGCUGGCAGGGACAACACUGUGACCAAGAUAUUGACGAAUGUAUUUUCUCACCCUGUGAGAACAAUGGGUCUUGUAUCAAUAAUAAUGGAUCCUAUACCUGUAACUGUACAACUGGCUGGUCAAAUACAGACUGCAAAGCGGAUGUUAAUGAAUGUGUGCAGUUUAGUCCAUGUCAAAACAAUGGUACUUGUGAAAACAAUAAUGGUUCCUAUACAUGUCAGUGUACGGAGGGUUGGCAGGGUCAUGAUUGCGAUACAGAUAUUGACGAAUGUAAAAUAUUCUCUCCAUGCGACAACAAUGCAACAUGUUUGAAUAACAAUGGAUCUUACGUUUGCAAAUGUACGGAGGGCUGGCAGGGACAACACUGUGAAGAGGAUAUUGACGAGUGUAAAAUAUCCUCGCCUUGUGACAACAACUCUACAUGUAUAAACAACAAUGGAUCAUAUGUGUGUAAUUGUACAGAGGGUUGGCAGGCACAGCAUUGUGAUCAAGAUAUUAAUGAAUGCAGUUUCUCGCCCUGUGACAACAACGGAACAUGUAUAAACAAUAAUGGAUCUUAUACAUGCAACUGUAGAGAAGGAUGGACAGCCAGGGACUGCACAGAAGACAUAAAUGAAUGUCAGCUGUUUAGUCCAUGCCAGAACAAUGGUACAUGUUAUAACAACAAUGGUUCCUAUGUGUGUGAUUGUACGGAGGGCUGGCAGGGACAUAACUGUAAAGACGAUAUUGACGAAUGUAAAAUAUUCUCCCCUUGCUACAAUAAUGCAACAUGCGUGAAUAACAACGGAUCUUACGUCUGCAAUUGUAAGGCGGGCUGGCAGGGGCAUGACUGUGAAAAGGAUAUUGACGAAUGCAAAAUACUUUCGCCAUGUGACAACAACUCUACAUGUAUAAACAACAAUGGAUCAUAUGUGUGUAAUUGUACGGAGGGUUGGCAGGCACAGCACUGUGAUCAAGAUAUUGAUGAAUGUAAUUCCUUUCCUUGUGAGAAUAACGGGACUUGUAUAAACAAUAACGGAUCUUAUACCUGUAACUGUAAUACUGGGUGGGCAGAUAAGGACUGCAAAAAAGAUGUUAAUGAAUGUGAUCAGUUUAGUCCAUGCCAAAACAAUGGCACAUGUUUUAACAAUAACGGUUCCUACACAUGUGACUGUAUGGAGGGCUGGCAAGGACAUGACUGCGAAAAAGAUGUCAAUGAAUGUAAUUUCUCUCCCUGUGAAAAUAACGGAACUUGCAUAAACAAUGAUGGAUCUUAUACAUGUAACUGCACAGAAGGAUGGACGGCUAAAGACUGCAGAGAAGAUGUCGAUGAAUGUCUGACGAUAAUGCCUUGUUUAAAUAAUGGAACAUGUAUCAACAAUAAUGGAUCAUACCAUUGUAAUUGUUCCCUGGGUUGGCAAGGAUACACCUGCAAGAAGGACGUAAAUGAAUGCAAUGAAAUUCCAUGUGAAAAUAAUGGAACUUGCAUCAACAACGAAGGGUCCUUUACCUGUGAAUGUUUAAAUGGAUGGAAUGGAAAACUCUGUCAUAUAGAUGAAGACGAAUGUGAGUUGUAUUCACCCUGUGACCAUGGUUUUUGUAUCAACACCAAUGGCUCCUAUAUCUGUGAUUGUGAGGACGGAUGGCAAGGGCAAAACUGCACUGAAGACGCUAACGAGUGUCAGCUGAUUGGAGUAUGUGAAAAUGGCGGAAGCUGUUUGAAUACUAACGGAUCUUAUGCAUGCCAAUGUACGAAGGGCUGGGAGGGACAACAUUGUGAAAAUGAUAUAAAUGAUUGUAAUGUGACACAGCCAUGUCAGAACAACGGAACCUGUGAAAAUACAUUUGGGUCCUACAUCUGUAACUGCCAACAAGGCUGGCAGGGUCAAAAUUGUCACAAAGAUGUGAAUGAAUGUAAUAUCGAACCGUGUGAAAACAACGGGACAUGUCACAACAAUAACGGAUCCUACACGUGUGAAUGUAUGGAGAACUAUCAGGGACAACAUUGUGAAGAUGAUAUUGACGAAUGUACUGUAAAGGAACCGUGUGAGAACAAUGGGACCUGUAUUAACAGUUUUGGGUCUUACGAGUGUAACUGUGAGAGUGGCUGGCUGGGAAAACACUGUGAAACAGAUGUAGACGAAUGUAUCGUUAACCCUCCAUGCCAAAAUAACGGUACUUGUGUUAACAACAAUGGUUCCUACACGUGCGUUUGUACCGAGGGAUGGGGAGAUAAAAAUUGUCAAACAGAUGUCGAUGAAUGCACCCGCUAUUCUCCAUGUCAACAUAACGGAACAUGUAUAAACAAUGAAGGGUCAUACUCCUGCGACUGCAGAACAGGGUGGGAAGGUUUCAAUUGUGAAAAGGACACAAACGAGUGCUCUUUUGUGCCAUGUCUUCAUAAUGGAACCUGUAUCAACACAGAUGGAUCAUAUUAUUGUAACUGCACAGACGGAUGGCAAAACAAAGACUGUAAAGAUGAUUUUGACGAAUGUGCCGUGCUGGAUCCAUGUCAGAAUAAUGGUACAUGCUACAAUAAUGAAGGUUCCUACACAUGUAAUUGUGUGGAGGGCUGGCAGGGGUAUAAUUGUGAUCAAGACGAAAAUGAAUGUGAAUAUGACCCCUGUCAGAAUAACGGAACGUGUGUUAACGUCAGAGGAUCGUAUGGUUGUGUUUGUACAGAAGGAUGGAUAGGACAACACUGCCAGGAAGAUGUGAAUGAAUGUUUGACGGGAGAGAUUUGUCAAAAUAACGGAACUUGUGUGAACAAUAAUGGAUCCUACACAUGUCUAUGUACGGAUGGCUGGUUAGGACAACAUUGUGAUGAUGAUGCAGACGAAUGUGCCGUUGAACCUUGUUUCAAUAACGGAACGUGCAUAAACAACUUUGGCUCAUACGAAUGUAAAUGUUCAAAAGGAUGGCAAGGCGGUAACUGUGAAAAAGAUGUAGAUGAGUGUUUGAAUUUCCCAUGCCAGAACAAUGGUACCUGCUUUAACACAGAGGGUUCUUAUUUUUGUAACUGCACAGAAGGAUGGACAAACUAUGACUGCGAGAAAGAUGUUAAUGAAUGUGAUGAUAUCACAAUCUGCCAAAAUAACGGAACGUGUUCGAACACUGAAGGCUCCUACGUGUGCGGCUGUAUUGAAGGCUGGCAGGGACAGCAUUGUGAAAUAGAUACAAAUGAAUGCCUUGUAAGCCCGUGUGAGAAUAAUGGAACAUGCAUUAACACUAUCGGAUCCUAUAUCUGUAAUUGUGAGGAUGGCUGGCAAGAUCAAAACUGCAGAACUGAUGUUGAUGAAUGCAUUGAAUACAGUCCAUGCCGGAAUAAUGGCACAUGCAUAAACAAUGAAGGAUCUUAUGUAUGUAACUGUACGGAGGGCUGGCAGGGACAACAUUGUCAAGAAGAUGAGAAUGAAUGUCUCCAAGCACCUUGUCAGCACAAUGGUACAUGCACAAACAGCAUUGGGUCCUACACCUGUACAUGUGAAGACGGGUGGGAAGAUAAAGAUUGUAAAGAAGAUCGAGAUGAAUGUUUGGAUUUCCCUUGUCAAAAUAACGGCACCUGUAUGAACACCUAUGGUUCUUAUACCUGCACCUGUUCAGAGGGUUGGGAAAGCCAUGACUGCGAAAAGGAUAUAAAUGAAUGCACUGUGUUUGAGCCAUGUCAGAACAAUGGAACUUGCAACAACAACGAUGGUUCUUACAGUUGUUCGUGUGAACUAGGGUGGAGAGGCAAGCACUGCGAUAGAGAUAUAGACGAAUGUACGGAGGUAGCACCUUGUACUAACAAUGGGACAUGUAAUAACAAUGCUGGGUCAUACACUUGUGAUUGCGACAGGGGAUGGACGGGACAACAUUGUGAAACGGAUAUCGAUGAGUGCCAACUCUACCCAUGUGAGAAUAAUGGCACGUGCAUUAAUUCAAUGGGAUCCUACGGAUGUAAUUGUACGGAGGGGUGGCAGGGACAAGACUGUCAUAUUGAUGUGGACGAGUGCAGUUUAUAUUCCCCUUGUGAGAACAACGGUACAUGUUACAAUGAUGAAGGGUCUUAUACGUGUGAUUGCAAGAAAGGAUGGAGUGGGAGACAUUGCGAUAUAGAUAUUAAUGAGUGUUUAAUGUCUCCUUGUAAAAAUAAUGGCACGUGUUAUAACACUGAGGGAUCCUAUAUUUGUGAGUGUACGGAGGGCUGGCAGGGAAAACACUGCGAUGGUGAUAAUGAUGAAUGUGCCUCAUACCCAUGUCUUAAUAAUGGCACCUGUGUUAAUAACGUGGGAUCCUACUCGUGUGAAUGUGUCAAGGGGUGGAUUGGAGAUAUUUGCCAAAUAGAUGACAAUGAAUGCAAAGCGGCCGGUGGCUCUCCUUGUCAACAUAACGGGACGUGUAUCAAUACACUAGGUUCUUACCAAUGUGACUGCACAGAGGGCUGGCAAGAUCAAAACUGUGAAAAAGAUAUUAACGAAUGCGAUGUGAAUGACCCCUGUCAAAAUAAUGCUACCUGCAUCAACAGCGAUGGAUCCUAUAAAUGUGAUUGUGUAAAGGGGUGGAGAGGUCAAAACUGUGAAAAUGAUAUUGACGAAUGCCUAGAAAAUGCCCCAUGUCAGAAUAAUGGAACCUGUCUGAAUAAUGAAGGAUCGUAUGCAUGUAAUUGUACGGCCGGCUGGCAGGGACAACACUGUAAUGAAGACGUUGAUGAAUGUACAGUAAUGGACCCUUGUCGGAAUAAUGGGAUAUGUACAAACAAUGAGGGCUCCUAUUUCUGUACGUGUACACCAGGGUGGACAGGAAAACAUUGCAAAAAAGAUGUGGACGAAUGCAUAGAAUUCCAACCUUGUCAAAAUAAUGGAACUUGUAUGAAUAACGAUGGUUCUUACACGUGUGACUGCAUGGCAGGUUGGACAGGGCAUGAUUGUGAAACGGAUGUGGAUGAAUGCAGUAACUCACCAUGCAGACAUGGCGGUAUAUGUAUCAAUGACCUAGGAUCAUACUUCUGUAAUUGUACGAAAGGCUGGUCGGGACAAAAUUGUCAAACAGACGUCAAUGAAUGUGAGUUCUCUCCCUGCCAGAAUAACGGAACAUGUAUUAACACCGUGGGCUCCUACACGUGUGACUGCGAUAAUGGAUGGCAAAGUAAAGACUGCGAAAUCGAUGUUGAUGAGUGUUUGAACUCCCCAUGUCACAAUAACGGAACGUGCAUCAACAAUGAAGGCUCAUACAUGUGUUCCUGUGCCCCGGGGUGGAUGGGUCCCAAUUGUGAAAAUGACUUGAACGAAUGCGAUGAUUCGCCAUGCCAGAAUAAUGGAACCUGCCAUAAUAACCUAGGGUCUUACAAGUGUGAUUGUACAACGGGAUGGCAGGGCAAAGACUGCGACACUGAUGUAAAUGAAUGUGACAAUUCACCGUGUCAAAAUGGCGGCAAUUGUAUAAACAGUGAAGGCUCUUAUGCUUGUGAUUGUACGGAGGGCUGGGAGGGACAAAACUGUGAAAAGGAUAUUAAUGAAUGUGAUGACAUGCCAUGCGAACACAACGGAACGUGCAUAAACACCCUGGGAUCUUAUGACUGUGAUUGUAAGAUAGGCUGGACGGGACAAAAUUGCAAGAAAGACGUCAAUGAGUGCGAUAAUUCCCCCUGCCAAAACGGUGGAACAUGCGUCAACAACAAUGGUUCCUAUUAUUGUAUUUGUACAAAGGGAUGGAUGAGCAGCAAAACAGAUUGUGAAUCAGAUGUGAAUGAAUGUCUUGAUAACCCAUGCCAACAUAAUGGAACCUGCAUAAACAACCAGGGAUCGUACGACUGCGCAUGUACAGAUGGUUGGCAUGGCGAGGAUUGCAAAGAAGAUCGUGAUGAGUGUGCUAAUUCCCCUUGUCAAAAUGGCGGAGUUUGUUUGAAUACCGCCGGAUCAUACACUUGUAGCUGUAAGGAAGGGUGGGAGGGAGAUGAUUGCCAGGAUGAUAAGAAUGAAUGCCUUUCUUCACCUUGUCAAAACAAUGGAACGUGUAUCAACAAUCCAGGAUCCUAUAAAUGUGAUUGUAACAACGGAUGGACAGGCAAAGACUGCAGAGAAGAUGUCAAUGAAUGCAAUAACGACCCCUGUAACAAUGGUGGGAUAUGUAUGAACACGGACGGAUCCUAUUAUUGUAACUGUACGGAGGGGUGGCAGGGAUAUGACUGCGAGCAAGAUAAAAAUGAAUGUGAAAAUUCGCCUUGUCAACAUAACGGUACCUGUGCCAAUUCACUGGGAUCCUAUUAUUGCCAUUGUACGGAAGGCUGGCAGGGCAAACAAUGCGACGAAGACGUUGACGAGUGCCUGACCUCCCCCUGUCUUAAUGGCGGCACAUGCCUCAACAAUGAAGGAUCAUUCACGUGUGACUGUGAGAAAGGAUGGCAGGGACUCGACUGCUCACAAAAUGUAAAUGAGUGUGAGGUAUCCUCCCCUUGUCUUAAUGGCGGGUCGUGUGUGGAUACAGAGGGGUCCUAUAAAUGUAAAUGUGUGGUGGGAUGGACAGGGCAGGACUGCCAGACAGAUGUGAAUGAAUGUAACCAGUUCCCCUGUCAAAAUGGCGGCACGUGUAACAACAAUGAGGGGUCCUUUACAUGCACGUGCAAGGAAGGGUGGACAGGUGCCACGUGUGAUACUGAUGUCGAUGAAUGCUCGAACAACCCCUGUGUAAAUAACGGAACGUGUUCGAAUACUCGGGGCUCCUACAGGUGUUCUUGUGCUGCAGGCUGGACCGGAAAACACUGCGAUAAAGACAAGGAUGAGUGUACGACCUUACCUUGUGCUAAUGGCGGAACGUGUAUCAAUAACGAGGGCUCCUACUCCUGUCAGUGUGAUAAGGGCUGGACCGGUAAAGACUGUCUGCAAGACGUAAAUGAAUGCCUGUCAUCCCCUUGUAAGAACGGGGGAACGUGUCAAAACACGGAGGGUUCAUUCCGAUGCCUGUGUGAAGCUGGAUGGGAGUCGCCAGACUGCAAUAAAGACAUUAACGAAUGUGAGAACAAUCCUUGUGAAAAUGGAGGAGUGUGCACAAACACAGAGGGGUCGUAUAAAUGUAAAUGUGCCGCAGGGUGGACAGGUGCUAACUGUAAAAAGGAUGUUGACGAAUGUAAGCUGAACAAUCCGUGUGAGAACGGCGGGGUAUGUCAGAAUAAUGAGGGAUCCUACAUGUGUCAGUGUACGGAGGGGUGGACAGGCCAGACCUGUGGAGAAGAUGUUGACGAAUGUAUUGAGUCUCCCUGCAGCCAUGGCGCAUGCGUCAAUGAGCCGGGAUCUUACGUGUGUGAUUGUGAGCCGGGGUGGACCGACAAACACUGCGAGACAGAUGUCGAUGAGUGUCUGUCUAAACCAUGUCAGAAUGGUGGGUCAUGCCGGAAUACCAUUGGUUCUUAUGAAUGCACGUGUACAGACCCCUAUUUUGGACGUAACUGUGAAAGUGCCAUGUUUGCAACAUCUACUCGUAAGCAAAUGGGAACCAAGAAUGUGGAUAUCAUGUGUGAUCUCAGAAAUGUUGAGGAAUGGAGGAAUUUUGAUGUUGUUCGAAAUAACAUACCUGUUAUCCGUGUCAACCCCAAUGGCAGAGUUCAGUCGAGAUUCAAUCGGAGAAAGGUGAUUGCCAAACCCAACAUAGAAGGGUCUAAUGCCCAGAUCAAUGUGAGGUUCGCCACCUUCCGCUGUCAGGACGAGGGACUGUAUACCUGUAAGAUAGACAACAAACAACCCCAGGAUAUGGAAGCCAUAGUUACAACUGCACCUCAAGGUAAACCCAUCUUGUCGAAAAUUGAGGAACUUUUCGGUGAAAAUAAUAUUGACUUCAACUGUACCGGCAGACCUGGCUAUCCAGACGGAAACUUAGAGUUUGAAAUUAAAUUGUCAAACGAAACGGAAUUCCGACCAUACCAGUUUUACAGUGCUAAAAUUACAAACGAGGACAAAAACUGUUAUAGAACUCAAACGGUCAAUGCUACAUAUCUAUUUACAAUGGAGUGGAACCAGGCCAAAAUUCGUUGUUUAAGCGGUGACAAAUAUGACGAAACAAAUGUUUACCUCAUACCACCCACGAUAUGUGAAAGAGUACCUGUGAAUAGGAGUGUUCGACAUCCUUACGAUAAACAUAAAUAUAUCACGUGCACACGUGAGGCCCCGCAAGCUCGAUUCUGUCCCGGAAGUACGUGUUUUGAAGAACGUGCACAACAAUGUACAUUUACAUGUAAUGGAUAAUCACUUUUAGAUUUUAGCUAUUCAUUGUAAUUUAUUUUGUUUUUAUAUUUUGUUGUUUUUAUAUGUGAUAUUUUUUAUAUUGAAAUAAAUUAUUUUUUUUUAA